AUGGCUCACGAAUGGCCGGACUACGAGGCUCAGGCAAAGAAGAAAGCCAAGGCCAAGAAACAGAAGAAACUUGAUGAUUUCAUCGUCGAAGAUUCGGACGAAGAAGACUACCAUACCAAGGUCAAGAAGCGGAAGAACGAAGCUGGGCUGUUAUUCCAGAUCGAAUGGUAUCGGGUUGUUCUCGAUGAGGCCCAGGGCAUCCGUAACAGGACCACUCGCUCAUCACGCUCCGCCAACGAGCUAAAGGCGAACCUUCGGUGGUGCUUGACUGGAACUCCCAUCAUCAACGGCUUGACCGACUAUUACGGCUAUCUUCGUUUCUUGAAGGUUCGCCCCUGGUAUGAUUGGGAUGCCUUUAACCGCCAUAUAGCGUUGAAGGAGAAGAAAAGUCCCAAACUCGCCGUUACUCGCCUUCAAGCCAUCAUCGUCACCUGCCAGAUCCGUCGCACGAAGGAAUCCGAACUUGAUGGGAAGCGUCUCAUCGAGCUUCCGCCCAAGGAGAUCACCAUGACACCGCUGGAAUUCACGGAAGAGGAGCGCGCAAUCUAUACUAUGGUGGAAGCCCGUUCGCAAGCUACCUUCAACCGAUUCCUUCGUGCCGGCACUGUCCUGAAGAAUUACCACCAAGUUCUCGUUCUACUGCUUCGUCUUCGACAGAUAUGCUCCCAUCCUUGUCUCAUCCAAGAGGAUGUUGUUGCAUUUGUUCACCGAGACGAGGUGGACAACUCGAAGCCCGAGGUCUUCACUGAACUCACCCGUGCCCGUAACAUGAUCUCUGCCGAAUUCGUUGAGGAGAUGAAGAAGAGGUUCAAGGACCGCGCCGUUCAACGCAUGGAAGCCGAGAAGCAGUCUGCUGAUGCCGCAUUGGAAGACGAGGACUGUGCCAUUUGCUUCGAGAUUAUGGGCGAGAGUGCAGUAUUCACCGAGUGCAAACACGAGUUCUGUGGCGAGUGUAUCCAUGCAUACCUUGACACGCCUAUAAUCGAUGCGGCUGACAACAGGGAUACGCAUCCAUGCCCUAAAUGUCGCGAACCGAUUACGAAGCAGAAGAUCUUCAAACGUGCGGCGUUCGAGCCUACCAGCAAGGAGCUCAACGGCGAGAGCUCUGAUGACGAGGAUUCCGACGAGGAUGAAGAGGAAGAUGAAGACUACAUGGACGUUGACGAAGACUCGAGUGGCAAAGGAAAAGGAAGGGCUCGUCCAGCUCGCACCUCUCGGCGCAAGGUGUCGUACUACGAAGAAGACGAUGACGAUGACAUGAGCGAUUUUAUCGUCGAGGAUGAUGAGGACGAAGAAGAGAAAGAUGCUCGACGUGCUUUGAAGAGGCGGCUUGGGAAGCGACGCGCCAACGUGAUCUUGGAUUCCGACGACGAGAUGGACACUCCGGAAGAGAAGGAGGUUCUGAUUGGCCGCAAGACCAAGGAGCAGUUGGCCAAGGAGUCGGUUGAGAACAUGUCUCGGUUCCUCCCCUCCACCAAGAUGAAGUACAUGAUGGAGCUCAUUGAGAAGAGUUUCAAAUCUCGACCUGACGAGAAGAUUUUGGUCGUCUCUCAGUGGACCGCUUGCCUUACGUUGGUUUCGGAUUACCUCGCUGAGAAGGGAAUUGCCCAUGUCAAGUAUCAGGGCGACAUGGAUCGUAACAAGCGCGACCAAGCUGUUCGUGUGUUCAUGUCUAAAGACAAGGCCAGAGUCAUGUUGAUGUCGCUCAAGUGUGGAGGUGUCGGCCUCAACCUUACUCGCGCGAACAAUGUCAUCUCUCUCGACCUCGCGUGGUCUCGGGCUGUCGAAUCCCAAGCCUGGGAUCGUGUACAUCGCCUGGGCCAGACUCGGAACGUCAACGUCCAACGUUUGGUUAUUGCCAACACUGUCGAAGAUCGAAUCCUCGCUCUUCAAGAACGCAAGCAGUCGCUUGCUGAUGGUAGUUUGGGAGAAGGAACAGGAAAGAAGAUGGGCCGCCUCACCGUUGGUGAACUCGCUAACCUUUUCGGCCUGGAUAUUGAUGGAAACCGUAUCUGAGAUUCGGAUUCCGUUUAUAUUUAUUGAAUAACGUCGUCCAUCUAACUGUUGAUGAACGACCAUGGUGACAGUGUCCUUGACUGGUGUCUAUUUGCUGUUCUUUCGACUGUUGUACACGGCUCUUUAUACCUCAGCCUUCUAGAUAAUUGACAUCCUUUGUUGCGUAGUGUACAUACCUUGCUUCGUAUUUGUAGCUUACUGCUUCCCCCUUUUCCUCGCUCCGUACCCUUUCCCCGAUUAUGCUGUACGUUACAACUCUUUGCCAGCUUCACAUUAUUGCACUUGC